GUAGCAGGUGCAUGGCGGACUCGGCCUUGUUCGAGUUUCUGCACACGGAGAUGGUGGCGGAGCUCUGCGCGCACGAUCCCGACCCCGGCCCGGGGGGCCAGAAGUCGAGCCUGGCGGUGCUGGAGGGCGCGGGCUUCCGAGUGGGCCAGGCGCUGGGUGAGAGGCUGUCCCAGGAGGUGCUGUCCUUCAGGGGGGAGCUGGACAUCCUCAAGUUCCUAUGCAAGGACAUAUGGAUGGCACUCUUCCAGAAGCAGAUGGACAGUCUGCGCACCAACCACCAGGGGACCUACGUCCUCCAGGACAACAGCUUUCCUCUCCUGGUGCGGAUGGGCUCUGGCGCCCAGUACAUGGAUGAGGCCCCCAAGUUCCUGGCCUUCCCCUGUGGCCUCCUGCGUGGCGCCCUCAGCACUCUGGGCAUCGAGAGCCUGGUCAGCGCUUCCGUGGCUACCCUGCCUGCCUGUAGGUUCCAGGUACUGAUCCAGAAACCCUGAGGACCCUCAGCAUCCCCCCCCAACUCUGCAAGCCUGAGCAGCUGAGUUUGGGGGGUGAUGGGGGCUGGGGAAUCUUGGACUCUGACUCGAGGAAAAAACACGGAAUCUGGGGCGCGGCUGCCUUG